AUGAAGUCGAUCAUCAUUGCCUCUCUUGUCGCCUUGGCGAUCGCCGCCUCCCCGGCCCUCGACCGCCCAUUCUCUCCAAAGAGCGAGUACAUCUACCAAUUUGACGGACUUCUUCUCUCUGGACUCCCAACCACCUCUUCCGAUGCCUCCCAGACCCGUAUUUCUUGCCGUGCCCUUAUUCAAGCUAUUGAUGACCGCUACAUCCACCUUCAACUCACCGAUGUCACCUACUCCGCUUCCCACAUUCCACAGACCGAGAAAAUGCCAAAGAUGAACUCUUUGGAGCAACGUGAGCUCUCUGACGAACACAAGGAAAUGCUCGAGCUCCCAUUCCGCGCUCAACUCAGAAACGGACUCAUCUCUGAGAUUCAAUUUUCCACCGAAGAUGCUGAGUGGUCCAUGAACUCGAAGAGAGUCAUCAUCAACCUUCUUUCUCUCCGCACCUCCGCCCCAGUUGACGAGAUGAUCCAAGAGGAAAAGUACAUGGAAACCGAGAAGGACUCCCGUUUCUUCACCGUCAACGAGAAGACCAUGGAGGGAGACUGCGAAGUCGCCUACACCAUUGUUGAGGAGGGAGAGAAGACCAUCUACACCAAGUCGGUCAACUUCGACAAGUGCAUCACCCGCCCAGAGAUGGCCUACGGACUCCGCUUCGGAUCUGAGUGCCAACAAUGCGAGAAAGAGGGACAAUUCGUCAAGCCACAAACCGUCUACACCUACACCUUCAAGAACCAACAACUGGAACAAUCUGAGGUUCAUUCCGUCUACACUUUGAAUGUCAACGGACAAGAGGUCGUCAAGUCUGAGACUCGCUCCAAGAUCGUCUUCGUUGAGGAGAACAAGAUCAACAAGGAAAUCAAGAAGGUUACCGGACCAAAGGAGAGCCUCGUCUACUCCGCCGGAAACGAGUGGCUCAUUGAGCAAUUCUACCAACAAGGAGACAAGGUCGAGGUCAACCCAUUCAAGGUUAUCUCCCCAGAGCAAAAGUUCGAGGAGCUCAGAGAGAUUUUCCGUCAAGUCCAAGAGCUUGAGGAGAACACUCCAGAAACCGUUCAUAUGCUUGCCCGUGCCGUCCGCAUUGUUCGCAUGCUCUCCAUCGAAGAGCUCAAGAAGGUCCACACCAAGAUCUACACCGAAUCUGAGAACAAGGUCCAAAGACUCAUUGAGAGCGCCUGCGCUAUUGCCGGAACCAAGAACACCAUUCAACAUUUGAUUCACCACUUCCAUAAGAUGACCGUCUCUCCAAUCAGAGCUUCCGAGCUUCUCAAGUCCAUCCAAGAGACCCUUUACCCAAGUGAGCAAAUCGCCGAUCUCCUCAUCGAGCUCGCCAAGUCCCCACUUGCCGAGAAGAACGAGCCACUCCGUCAAUCCGCCUGGCUUGCCGCCGGAUCCAUCGUCCGUGGAUUUUCUGCAAAGACCCAAGAUCUUCCAUUGACCCGCCCAGCUUCCCGUCAACUCAAGGAGAAGUACGUCCGCGUCUUCAUGCAACUCUUCCGUUCCGCUGAAUCCACCUACGAGAAGGUCCUUGCUCUCAAGACCCUCGGAAACGCCGGAAUUGAUCUCUCUGUCAACGAGCUCGUUCAACUCGUCCAAGACCCACGUCAACCACUCGCCAUCCGCACCGAGGCUGUUGAUGCUCUCCGUCUUCUUAAGGAUAUCAUGCCACGCAAGAUCCAAAAGAUCCUUCUCCCAGUCUACAAGAACCGUCAAAACAAGCCAGAGCUCCGUAUGGCCGCUCUCUUCAGAAUGAUGCACACUCUUCCAGAGGAGCCAAUUCUUGCUCACAUCGUCGCUCAAAUGGAGAAGGAAUCCAACCAACACGUUGCUGCCUUCACCUACAACGUCAUCCGUCAAUUCGCCAGAUCCACCAACCCAUGCUACCAACCAUUGGCUGUUCGCUGCUCCAAGGUUCUUCUCUUCACCCGUUACCAACCACAAGAGCAACUUCUCUCCACCUACUCUCAACUCCCAAUCUUCCACUCCGAGAUGCUCUCUGGAGUUCAAUUCGACUUCGCCACCAUCUUCGAGAAGAACGCUUUCUUGCCAAAGGAGGUCCAAGCCUCUUUCGAGUCUGUCUUCGGAGGAAACUGGAACAAGUACCUCGUUCAAGUUGGAUUCUCCCAACAAAACUUUGAACAAGUAAUCGUCAAGGCUCUUGAGAGACUUUCCCGCUACGGAAAGCAAUCCAAUGAGCUCCGCUCCCGUCGUGUUCAAUCUGGAAUUCAAAUGCUCCAAGAAAUCGUCAAGAAGAUGAACAUCCGUCCACGUGUCCACCGCACUGAUGCACAAUCUGCCCACGCUGUCUUCUACCUCCGCUACAAGGAGAUGGACUACAUCGUUUUCCCACUCGACAUGGAAACCCUUGACAACCUUCUUGAGAAGUACGUCAGAAACGGAGAAUUCGACAUCAAGUCUGUCCUCUCUUUCCUGAACGCUGACUCCAAAUUCGAGCUCCACCGCGCCCUCUACAUCCACGAGUCUGUCCGCAGGAUCCCAACCUCCAUUGGAAUGCCACUCACCAUCUCCGGAAAGAUGCCAACCGUCCUCUCCUUCACCGGAAAGGUCACCGUUGAGAUGCAAAAGCUCGGAGCCCGUCUUAUCCUUGACGUCGUCCCAUCUGUUGCCACCACCCACGUCACCGAGAUGCGCUUCUGGAGCCCACGCUUCGAGCAAGGAGUCAAGUCUCUUCAAUCCGCCCGCGUUCACACCCCACUCAGACUCGAAUCUACUGUUGAGCUCAAGAAGAACACUCUUGAGAUCACACACAAGUUCGCCGUUCCAGAGAACAAGAAGACCAUCGUUUCCGUUCACUCCCGUCCAGUUGCUUUCCUCCGCAUUCCAAAGAAUGACGAGACCCAAUACACCGAAUCUGAGGAGAAAACCAUCUCCCACUCGGAGUACCAAUGGACCACUGAAGAGAUCGACCGCCAAUACGAAGUUCUCGGACUUAAAGUCAACGCUCAAGGAAACAUCCUUUCCCAAUGGUCCCUUCCAAAGGUCCUCAUGACUGAGCAAGACUUCGAGUACACCCUUGAGAACAAGAACCGCCCAGCUGAAUUCACUGCCCGCAUGACCAUCGGAAACUUGGAGAAGACUGAUCUUUCUGAGAUCAAGUUCGACAAGAUCUUCGAGAAGGAAUUCGACUCUGAGAACACCGAAUCCGAGUCCCGCCGUCAAUACUUCCACAAGAUGAUCCGUGAGAUCAAGGCCGAGCAAGGAUACAUGAACCUCAUCACCCUCAAGCUCGAGGCUCCACAACAAACCUACUUCAACUCUGAGCUCCGUACCACCUGCGACCAAUGGGUUCGUAUGUGCAGAUUCGAGAUGGACUCCCGCCGCUCCCCAAUCUCCGAGGAGACCAAGGAAUGGACUCUCCGUACUGAACUUGUUGCUGCCCGCCCACAAAUGCCAUCUUCCCUCCGUCAACUCCGUGAGCAACCACACCGUGAGGUUCAACUUGCUCUUAAUGCCAAGUGGGGAUCUUCCAAGAAGAGCGAGAUGACCGUCACUGCCCAACUCGAGCAAUCCAAGGAACAAAAGAAGUACAUCCGUAACAUUGAGCGCGUGUUCAACGGACUUCCAGAGUACGAGCUUUUGAUCAAGGCUGCCCGUCUCAACCAAAUCAACGUUGUCUCCGAGUACAAGCUUACCCCAGAGGCUGAGCACACCUUCUCUCGUCUCUUCGAUCUCGUCAAGGCCUACAACUUCUGGACCGUUUCUGAGAAGCGUGUCGAGAAUGAGGAACGCCGUGUCACCCUCCAACUCACCGUUGAGCCAAUGUCCCGUCAAUACGUCAACAUGACUAUCCAAACCCCACAACAAGAGGUUGAGAUCAAAAACAUCCGUGUUCCACGUGUCGUUCUCCCAACCAUUGCUCGUCGUGCCAUGAUCCAACAAGCCUGGGAGAAGACUGAGACUACCUGCAAGGUUGACCAAUCCGAGGUCUCCACCUUCGACGAUGUCAUCUACAGAGCCCCACUCACCACCUGCUUCUCUCUUAUUGCUAAGGAUUGCUCUGAGGAGCCAACCUUCGCCGUUCUUGCCAAGAGAAUGAACAAGAACUCUGACGAGCUCUUGGUGAAGGUCAUCGGCCGUGAACAAGAAGUCAUUGUCAAGAAGACCAGCGAGGAGUUCCUUGUCAAGGUUGACGGAAAGAACAUCCCACAAUCCGAGCUUGAGCAAUACGAGAUUGAAAUCCUCGGAGACAACCUUGUCGUCAUCCGCCUUCCACAAGGAGAGGUCCGCUUCGACGGAUAUACCAUCAAGACCAACCUUCCAUCUGUUGCCUCCAAGAGCCAACUCUGCGGACUCUGCGGAAACAACGACGGAGAGAGAGACAACGAGUUCAUGACCGCUGACAACUACGAGACUGAGGAUGUUGAAGAGUUCCACCGCUCUUACCUUCUCAAGAACGAGGUAGAGUGCGAAGUUGAAAACGACCGUCUUUCCGAGAAAAAGAACUACAGAAACAAAUGGGACAGAGAGGAGAAGAAGAGAGACCAAUCUUCUUCCGAGAGCUACGAGGAAUACGAGGAGGAAUCAGAGAAGUCCGAUAAGAAGUCCGUCGAGAAGACCCAAAUCAAGGAAUUCUCCCACCGCGUCUGCUUCUCCCUUGAGCCAGUCGCCGAGUGCCGUCGUGGAUACAAAUCUGGAAAGACCUCCACCAAGAAGAUCCGUUUCACCUGCAUGCCACGCCACAGCGAGAACGCUCGCCGUUUGUUGAAGGAGGCUCGUGAGCAGAACAUUCUUGACUUGUCCGACUUCGAAGUCUCCUACGUCGAGUCCGUCAAGGUCCCAACCACCUGUGUUGAGGCUUUCUAA